CAAUUGGAGCCGGAGAAGGGGCGGUGACCAUAGCAACCGAAGCGAAGCUCUGGCCCUGCUUGGCAUUGGUCGAUUCAAAGGAGGGGGAGGGGCCGCAAGGAUGCGGCCAGGCGGCGGAAUCAGCUUCGGCUUCGUUUCGGACCAGCGGGUCCGGCAGCUGGAGAGGAAGUUGCGCACUAAAGAAGAAAGAAUAAUUGUAUUGGAGACAGAAAAUGCUCUUCUUCAUCUGAAACUUGCAGAGUGCCAAGGGUUGAUUGGAAGAAGCACUGAUGAAGCAUCACAGCUUUACUUUGUUUCUGAAAAGCAACAGAACUUGCACAAGAGCAUGCCCUCACUUGUCAUCCAAGAGCUUCAUUCAACAAUACAGGGACUUAAGCAAGACCUGAAGAACCUCCACUCAUUUGCUCUUGAACUUUCCAGAGACUUUCAACAUCAAUACAAGAAUCAUCUCUACCAAGUUUUGACUGCAGUCCAAAAGAUACAGCUGCAGAAUGAAGCUAUGCAAACAUUCCAGACAAAAGCAUUUGAUCUUGAGCAGUCUUUACAAGAAGUAACUGAGAGAUAUGAGAAAGAAAAACGGAAGAGAAGAGUGCUUCAUAACAGUUUGAUUGAAUUGAGAGGAAAUAUCCGAGUGCAUUGCAGGAUCCGUCCAUUGCUACUUUUUGAUGCUACUCCUGGCCAUUCAGUAUCACACAAUAGGCACAAAAAACUUUCAGAAAAAGUGGCGCAUGCAGUUGAUGAUGAAACUGUCCUUGUAAAAUGCAGUCGUCCUGGUCAUGCCUCAAUAAACAAGUUGUUUCAAUUUGAAAGAGUUUACAGUGCUACUGAGUCUCAAGACGCAGUGUUUGCAGAUGUGGCGCCUUUGCUUACAUCUCUGCUGGAUGGGUACAACGUGUGUAUUAUGGCUUAUGGACAGACAGGUAGUGGAAAGACUCAUACAAUGUUUGGACCCCUCUCUGGGGAUAACUUCAUCUUCUCCACAGAAGAUGAACCAGAACUAGGAAUAAUUCCUCGAGCAACAGAAGAAGUAUUCAGGCUUAUUUCAGAAAAGCCACCAGGAAGCCAUUGGGUUGAGGUUUCUGUUGUAGAAGUAUAUAAUAAUGAAAUCUUUGAUCUUUUGGCAAAAGACAGCUAUGGAACUGUAUUUGGCAUCAAACGUGAAGUUGUUACAACCAAGGAAGGAAAAAGUGAUGUGCCAUUUCUUACCUAUGAGACUGUUGAAAAUGCUGCUGAAUUCCUGCAGCUAGUUAAUAAAGGUCUACAGCUACGGGUCAAACAUCCAACAUUGGUGCAUGCUCAUUCCUCUCGUUCUCAUCUGAUAGUUACAUUGACCAUAGCCAUGACUGUCUUGGGAGAUAGCAUUGGCACCCUGUGGGCAGAUGAAGAGUCUAGUCAGAAACUAAGUAAAGAGCUUUUCUGCACCUUUCCACAACAACUAAGAGAAGAUAAAACCACCUUUUCUUCCAGAGCUGCUUCUCCAGCACACUCCGAGCCCACUGAGAAACCAAAGCACAUCAAGACUAAAUUACAGCUGGUGGAUUUGGCUGGCAGUGAAUGUGUUGGCAUGUCUGGAGUGACUGGAGCAGCCCUGAGAGAGACCUCAUUCAUUAAUCGUAGCUUGUCUGCUCUGUCGGAUGUCCUUGGAGCAAUAUCAGAGCAGCGCUCUCACGUUCCUUAUCGAAACAGCAAACUAACCCACCUACUCCAGGACUCCAUAGGGGGCGAUGCUAAAUUGCUGGUGAUGCUCUGCAUCUCCCCCUGCCAGAAAUAUUUAGCGGAAUCACUGCAAUCUUUGGGAUUUGGAACGCGAGCUCGGCAAGUUCAGAGAGGACAAGUCAAGAAAAGAAAUCUACUGGUGUCAAGUAAAUCCAAAUAAAACCAAGACUCUUGUGGAUUAAAGUAUUAUUAAUGAGUUC